AUGGGAGAGAUCCUGCCGUGGGAGGAAAAAGCCCUUGAGGAGCUCAAUGACGUCCCCGAGCUCCGGGAAGAACGUCUGAAGCAGUUUGCAGAGAAGCUCGCGGAACUUCAGUCCGACGAUUUCCGACCACUGCUGCAGAGAGAUUUUCUGAUGAUGUUCUUGCGGACUCGAAAAUUCGACGUGGCACGCGCUUUGAAAUCGUACGUGGCGGCUUUUUCCAUGCAUAAGGCUGAUCCCACUGUGUUCUGGCCAAAAGGGAAAGGCCCCGCGGACUACAGGCUCGUAUUGGAGCUUCCGAUUUGCAAAGUGAUGCCGAAGAAGAACUCAGACGGUACAACGGUCAUCGUGUGCACCUACCUGCGUUACACUUCGGAUCUCUUCAGCAUUCUGGACGUGAUCACGGUGUCGACCAUGAUCUGCGCCCACCUUCUCCGCGAUCCAUAUAUCCAGACGUAUGGCGUCACCUGCGUCUUCGACUACCGAAACCUCCAAGUUAAACAUCUCCGAUCCAUCCCGAUAAAAUAUUACAAGGCAGUCGCUAUCGCUGUCCGUGACGGUUGUCCCGCUCGACUCCGCGGUUUCCAUCAUGUGUUCGCCCCCACUUUCAUGUCGCUGAUGUUCUACGCGUUGCGGCCACUUCUCAACAGGAAGCUAAGUUCGCGGACCCAUUUCCACUCGAAAGUCGCCGAUCUUCAUCAACUUGUCUGUACGGAAGCGCUGCCCGAUGAACUGGGCGGUACCGCUGGGAAGAUGGCUCCCGGAGCGUUCGAGGAAGACCUCUUAGCGAGCCACGAUGAAUACGUUCGAUCGAGCUAUUACGGGUUCUCAUGA